AUGUCCCACUCCCCUCCCUCCCCCUCCCCCUCUCCCUCCCCAUCCCCAUCACCACCAUUCCGCCCAUACCGACCACCACCACCCACCAACAAUAACCACACAACAACAACAACAGACACCUCCAUCCUCCCGCACGGCCCAAAAUCCCUCUCCAGCAUCUCCCUCCACGCCUACCUCCUCGGCAUCCUCCUCGGCCUAACCAGCACGCUAACCCUCCUCCCCCUCCUCUACGGCGACCCCCUAUACACCCCCCUCUGGCGCAUCCCCUUCUUCCUCUCCUCGCUCUCCCUCUUCCACUUCCUCGAAUACUACACCACAGCCGCAUACAACACCCACUUCGCCACCGUCUCCGCCUACCUCCUCACCUCCAACGGCUGGACCUACCACAUCGCCCACGGCUCCGCCAUCCUCGAAUGUCUCCUCACCCACACCUACUUCACCGCCCGUCCGGUGCCGCUAUACCUGCCCCCCUCGCUCAUAAGCUACCAAGUAGCCGUUGGCUUGUUCCUGAUGGUCUUGGGCCAGACGAUCCGCAGCGUGGCCAUGGCGCAGGCUGGCAGUAACUUUAAUCAUACGGUGCAGGUUACCCGUCGCGAAGGGCAUGUGCUGGUUACCGGGGGUGUGUAUUCUGUGCUUAGACAUCCGAGUUACUUUGGGUUCUUUUGGUGGGGGUUGGGGACUCAGUUGGUUCUUGGGAAUGGGGUGUGCUUUUUGGCGUAUGCGGUUGUUUUGUGGAGGUUUUUUAGUGGGAGGAUUUGGAGGGAGGAGAAGUUCUUGGUUGCGUUCUUUGGGGAGGAGUAUGAACGGUAUAGGAAGAGGAGUUGGGUGGGGAUUCCGGGGAUUCAUUGA